AUGAGUUCAUUGAAGCAAUUCAUUCGCAAUGUGCGAGCUUCGAAAACAAUCGCAGAUGAGCGCGCAGUCGUACAAAAGGAGAGUGCUGCUAUAAGAGCAAGCUUUCGUGAAGAGAGUGGUGAUCAUAAUGUCAGGCGAAACAAUGUAGCGAAGCUAUUAUACCUAUUCACGUUGGGUGAGAGAACGCAUUUUGGCCAAAUAGAAUGUCUCAAACUUCUUGCAUCACCAAGAUUUGCGGAUAAGAGAUUGGGUUAUUUAGGAACAAUGCUUCUACUGGACGAAAAUCAGGAGGUACUGACAUUGGUUACAAACUCUUUGAAAAAUGACCUCAAUCACUCUAAUCAAUAUAUCGUUGGAUUGGCUCUAUGUACCCUGGGAAAUAUUGCAUCGGUCGAAAUGUCUCGAGACUUGUUUCCUGAAAUCGAAACCCUUCUUUCUACCGCCAACCCCUAUAUCCGUCGCAAGGCUGCAUUAUGUGCCAUGAGAAUAUGCAAAAAAGUACCAGAUUUACAAGAGCAUUUCCUCGAAAAGGCCGCAAACCUCCUGUCGGAUCGAAAUCAUGGUGUUUUGUUGUGCGGUCUUACAUUAGUAACAAAUCUCUGCGAAAUGGACGAGGCGGAAGGAGGAGAGGAGGGAAUCGUGGAGAAAUUCAGACCAUUUAGCGGCGGCUUAGUUCGAACGCUGAAGGGACUGGCUAGUUCCGGUUAUGCCCCUGAGCAUGAUGUCACUGGAGUUACGGAUCCAUUCUUACAAGUUAAGAUAUUACAAUUGUUGAGAGUUCUUGGCCGUGGAGAUUCAGAAACAAGUGAACAAAUCAACGACAUUUUGGCUCAAGUUGCCACAAAUACAGAUUCUUCAAAGAACGUUGGAAAUUCUAUUUUAUACGAGGCCGUCCUUACUAUUCUCGAUAUCGAAGCUGAUUCUGGUUUGAGAGUACUUGGUGUCAAUAUCCUUGGAAAGUUCCUCUCAAAUCGAGACAACAAUAUUCGAUAUGUGGCAUUGAAUACACUCAUUAAAGUGGUCGCAAUUGAGCCAAACGCAGUUCAACGACAUAGAAAUACUAUACUUGAAUGUCUUCGAGAUCCUGAUAUCAGUAUUAGGCGGCGUGCAUUAGAUUUAAGUUUCACUCUCAUCAAUGAAAGCAAUGUCAGGGUACUUAUUAGGGAACUUCUUGCUUUCCUGGAAGUUGCCGAUAAUGAGUUCAAGCCAAUUAUGACCAGUCAAAUUGGUAUCGCAGCAGACAGAUUCUCGCCGAACAAAAGAUGGCAUGUAGAUACCAUGCUAAGAGUCUUGACUUUAGCAGGAAACUACGUCAAGGAGCAAAUUCUAUCUUCAUUCAUUCGGCUUAUUGCCACCACUCCUGAAUUGCAAACUUAUGCGGUUCAGAAGCUCUAUACUAGCUUGAAGAAGGACAUUACUCAAGAAGGUCUUACUUUGGCCGGUGCCUGGUGUAUUGGAGAGUACGGAGAAACUUUACUUCGUGGUGGCCAGUACGAGGAAGAGGAACUUGUCCAAGAAGUUAAGGAGAAUGAAGUUGUUGAUUUGUUUUCAACUAUUCUUAACAGCAGUUACGCCACUCAAAUUGCAACAGAAUAUAUUGUCACAUCCUUGAUGAAGCUCAGUACACGUCUAUCAGACCCUGCACAAAUUGAUCGGAUUCGACGAAUCUUGUCCAACAAUUCCACGAACCUUGACAUCGAGGUUCAACAGCGAGCGGUAGAGUAUGGCAACUUGUUCAGCUAUGAUUCCAUUAGAAAAGGUGUAUUGGAAAAAAUGCCACCACCACAAAUUAAGGAAGAAUCCCGAGUUCUGGGAGAGGCAAGCAAGAAACCAAGUAAAGCAUCUAACAGGAAGUCAAAGAUCGUCAAACCAGCGGAACAGGAUCUGUUGUUUGACCUAAUGGGAGACGGAGGAAUGCCUGAUGCAAGUGUUGGAGGUGCUAAUAGCGGAUCCCAAAAUAAUGCAGACCUUCUAGCAGACAUACUUGGAGGCACCGAUUCAUCUCAACCUACAUCACCUCCAGCUCAACAGUCAAAUAUGAGUUCAAUUAUGGAGCUAUUUGGUAGCACUCCAUCUCAACAACCCCCAUCUGCUACGGCAACUCCUUCAAACGAUGUUUUCUCUAGUGUAUCUUCGCCUCCACCUCAGGCUCCUUCUUUCCCAACCCAUCCAUGUUACGACAAAAAUGAUCUUAACAUUACUUUGCAACUUCAACGAAAUGCAGAAGGUUUAGUGCAAGUCUUGGCUCGUUUUAAGAACUCCUCCAUGCAUCAAUCUUUCUCUGCAGUGGCAUUACAAGCUGCAGUACCUAAAACGCAAAAACUCCAAUUACAAGCUAUGUCAAGCUCGGAUCUGGGACCCGGGGCAGAAGCAACACAAUCAAUGAGGAUUACAGGAAGCAAAGGGCCACCAUUACGACUGAGGUUAAAGAUUUCUUAUGCGCACCCAACUGCGGGACAAGUUACGGAUCAGGUAGAUUGGUCGGAGCCAAGGUAG